AUGUUGGCACCAGAUUUGGUUACAAAUCCUUUUCCUCGUGUCUGGGCUCCACCACAAUCUGAGAUGGUCAAGGUGAAUUUUGAUGGCUCCUAUGUUCAUGAACUAGGUCGUGGUGGUAUUGGUUGUGUUAUUCGGAAUUCCCGAGGUCAGUUUCUCGCAGCUUGUUCACAUCCUGUUCAGUAUGCUUUUCAUGUUGAGACUCUGGCUUGUCUGGUUGGGCUGCAGUUGGCCUCGAAUCAAGGCUAUCGGCAAGUUAUUCUGGAAGUUAAGGAGCUUGCACAGUCAUUUCACCAUUGCUCAUUUCAACAUGUAGUUCGUUCGGGUAACACAGUUGCGGAUGCGUUAGCACACGACGGCUUGUAUGCUACAUCUCAUGUUCGUUGGUUCGGGACUCCACCUCUUUUCCUUGUCUCUUCUCUUGCUGCAGACAAUGAUCUGUGA